AGGGCUGGGCACUAGAAGCCCGUGCGAAGCGGCCGGGGGAGGGAGGUUGAAGGGAAGCCGGGCGGUGGCGGGGCCCUGCUGAGGGGACCGCUGGGAGCCCGGGCGGCGCGCUCCGGGGCUGGCACGAGCCCGCGGCGGGCUGUCCGCGGCCGAGGGGCCGGCCUUGUGCGGAGGUUCCGGAGCCCGCCGGGCGGGAACUUGCGGGUUCGGCGGACCCGGGUUCGGGGCUCCGGUGCGCGCCCUCUGCCCGGGCCCUGAGCGUCUCCUAUCCCUCGCCAGGGCCGGGUCGGGACUGGGGGCUCCGCCUGCGGGCAAAGUGCAAUCUGGCCCGCUCGGGGGCACCUCGAGGUUUGCUCGAAAAUGGUUGUUUUGGGGGUGGUGCUUAUUCGCCCCUAUUUGUCUUAAUUUAAAGACAUUUGGGGAUUUUCUGCCCCAAAGAGACACUCUGACCGCAGCUGAGUUCUUUAGGCUGAGAUUUGUAUGUGUCAGGGCAUUUUUAAUGCUGCUUGUCAGAGGUGAUAAAUGGCCGCGUUAAUGGGGAGCCCCUGAAGCACCUGCCAGGCUGUCGGAGGCUGUGUCGGGGCGGGGGGUGGUGACGCGCAAAUGAAACAGAGAUCUUGUUUGGAUGUUCUGCUGAAGUUAUGUUGCUGUUCACAUAUAGCUGUUCUAUAACAAGUUGAUAAAUCCAAUUUUAGGGGUUUGUAAUAGAAGAGAUUUGAGGGGCCAAGAGACCCGAAGUGACCUAGUUUGGCUAAGAAUAUUUGGGGAAGCCUAGUUGCCCCUUCCUGUUUCCUCUUCUCUUGGCAUGUUGAUUUUCUUGCUGUCACAAAUGCCCAAGUACAUGAAUGAUCCCAAGAUAGGAAAGAUUCUAGGGGACAGCCUUUAGCACAGGACUGAGCCCAGGAUUGAGAUGUUUUCAAAUGAACAGAUGUGUAGCUAGGAAAAGAAAAAUCUUUUUGCCUUCAUGGCUGUCAUGUUGGGAGAACUUGCUCUUUGGUUGGGAACUGUCAGGCCAUACUAAUGCUUCAUCUUGUGUAAUGCCACAGAUAAUUAGGAAUUGAGUGGUCAGGACAGCCAUUUUUAAUGUUUGUGUGAUUUGAAUUUUCAUAAAUCAUAUUUUAACUAAAGCAUUACUGUGUAAAGGAAUUCUUGGGUGAAUCCUUCUAUGAAUCUCUCAGUGUGUCUUGGAUUUUGAUAUUUGGAGUCUUUUUAAAAUGGAAUACACAUGUUUAUUUGGAUUUGGCUUUGCCUUGUGGAUAAUCCUGAGUCAUGCUUUAGAGAAGUUCCUUCUGUGUUCAAGGGCUCAGAUGUCUGAUGAUCUCUCAAAGCCAGAUACUCCCAUUUACCUGUUGUUCCCCCUUCUGAGCUCCUGAGAGAGGAGGAUUAGGAGAGAUUGGAAGCAAAUUUACCCUGUCUCCACACCCGUGCUCAAAAUCGUGUUCAUUCGCACACUCAAGUUUCUCAGUUUACCACAGAAACUUUGUUGAUGCUACUGCCAUUCGUGUUUUCACAUUUGUUUAAUACUUGCCAGUUUACCAACAAUUUUCUAAUCGUAAUCUCAAUUUGUUUUCUUCAAGAAGAAGCUGGGCAUAAAGAAUGAUUUACUCCGGGUCUCAUAGUAAUGGAGCAGACCUGGGAUACAGAUCCUCACCUGUGUCCAGUUCUUUAUCCUCUCUGCUGGCCUGCAUGUGACUUCAGAACCGUACUCCCGAUCUGUUACCCUGUAGGCCAGUUGUCUUUAUGUUGUGCCUAAGUGUUAUCAUUACUUUUGGGAAGGUGGUAUCAUUCUGUUUUACCUUAUAGAAACGGAGGGUAAGAGGAAUUUUUAUGGUUUCGUGACUAUUUGUGACAAUGUUUUAGCAUUAAAGUCAUUUUUCAACUUAAAGUGCCUUCCUUCGAGAACUCAUGGAGAGAGGAGAGAGAAAAAAGAAUUAGUUUUUGGACAACACAGUCUAUUUUUGCAGUGGUUCUGGUUAAGGAUAACCUAACACCAUAAUCACAUUCUCCUUGUGUGCCUGGCUACUUGUGCCAGUCUGUACGUGAAUGUUAACCCAAAAGACUCCUUUAGAUGUCGCUGAACUAGUUACUAUAAAAAGUGUUUCACUUUCAAACUCCCACAUUUCAAGAACAGAGGAACUCAGCACAAAGGUAAUUUUGAAGCCCUCCACUGGAAACUGCCAGAAGGGAGAGAAGAUGAAAAGCAAAUGAAUCAUUUUCUAAUUGUUACCAGCUCUGGAAAAUGACUUAGUAGAAGAGGUUGAAGCUCUUCUGGAAAUUCUUUUGGAUUAUUUUUAUUUCAUUCAUCUGCAUUGUCUCUGAGAUGUUCCUGAUCAUCAUCACUUGAGAGGUUGAUUAUCCAGCUGUUGGAUGACCAGGAAUCUUCUUGGUUUUUUUGAUUUAUUUCUUGCUGUAUCUGAGCAUCUCCACAGAGGAUAUUUAGAGGUAAGGCAUAGAGAUAAAAUUUAAACUAAUCAAUACUGUUUUUUCCCUUGGAGCUCUUUAGUGAACAGUGUGAUUUGGAGGGGGGCAGUUUAGUAGUUAUUGGAAGUGACUAAUAGUAACCUCUUUUUAUUUUCAUGUAUCUUAUACACAAAUGAAGGGCUUUUGGGUACUUUUUAAGAAACAUGGGCUUAUAUAGAUUCCCAUAAUUGCUUUUCUGAAUUAUUAAGCUUGAGGUUUCAUUACAUCUUUGUACAAGAACAGAGAACCUUGGCUUUUGCUGUGGAGCAGAUUCAGGGCAUCAUCUAAUUUCUUUUUCUUUUUCUUUUUUUUUUUUUUUUGAUUGCUCAAGUUAUCUUGUUUUGAUUUAGCAGUAAAAAAAAAAAAAAGAGGAUUAAUAGUGGACAGGCCUUGCAUAACAGCUUGUAACUUUGAUUAUGUCUGGUUUUUUUCCUUGUCUUUGGUCUCCCACUUCUCUUUUAGCCAUUCCAAUGUUCAUGAUUAGGAGUUCUUUUUGCACUUAAGACAGAGGACAGCAGCCUUCCAUCACACUAGUGAGUUCUUGGUAUUUUGCCUCAGGAGAAUUUUUACAAACCUAUUAUGACUGCUCACUUUGAGUUAUUUUGUUUUGUUUGCUUUUUAGGGUUGUACCCAAGGCAUAUGGAGGUUCCCCGGAUAGGGGUCGAAUUGGAGCUACAGCCGCCAGCCUACACCACAGCUACAAUAACGCCAGAUCUGGGCGGUGUCUGUGACCUACACCACAGCUCACAGCAAUACCAGAUCGCUAACCCACUGAGUGAGGCCAGGGAUUGAACCCUCAACCUCAUAUUAACUAGUCGGAUUCAUCUCUGCUUCGCCACAAUGGGAACUCCAAGAGUUAAUGUUAAAUUUGUAAAUAAAUCCCUCCUUAGGUGGAUAGGGUUAAUAGAUGGCUUUAGGGGUGUUUUACGUUAAUCUUUUUGAUUUCUUUUUUCUUGGAUUCUGUUCUUAACAUUUCUACCGGGAGCGGGGGUAGAAAGAUCUGGUCUAGGAAUUAGAAAACCCAAGCUCUCACUUAUUUUCUAGUUGUGGGCCCUUGAGCAAGUCUAUAAUUCAGGCUCUGGUUACAGUAUCAGGAAUAUUGUGGGGGGUACUCCCCCCCAUCUUUACUUAAAUUGUUUCUUUCUUCUGGAAUUCCUUCUCAGGUUGCCCAAACAUUCCUGCAGAGUUCCACUGAGCAAGCUCUUCCCCGGAAGUCCUCCAUUUUCCCAUUUGGAAUUGUUCUUGCUCUGUCUUCGCUUAGGCUCUGCCAGUCCAUCUAUUAUGUAGUACUUUGGAAUUCUGUUCUGUACUUCAGUUGUUACAUGUUGCUUUUCUUCAUAGAUUGAAAGCUCCAGGAGGGCAAGGAUCAUACUUUUCCUAUUUCUGUAUUUCUCCAUUGUACUUAGGCUCUCCUGCCCUGCUCUACCCCCCAAUAAAUGUAGGCUGAGUUAUUUUUGAUGCUCUCAGGAACGAAUAUUUUGCGGGAUGGGAAAAUGCCAAAGAUGAACAUCUUACCAGAACUUUUGGAUGAGUGUCCUUUUACUGAUCUGUUGUAUCAGUAGCUUAAUCAGAUGCUCAUAAUACAAAUUGGUGAAACCUGUUUCCUAGUUCUCUUCAAAUACUGUUUGUAAAGCAAGUCAGAGGAAUGAAAGGUUGUUACAACAGCCCUGAAUUUGACAUUUGUUCCACUUCUCAUCCUAUAGCAUGUGGAGGCCUAUCUAUAUCCAACUGCUGAGUAUGGAGAAUAAAAACUAACCCCACAGUUGUCUGGUCCACAUUUUAGCUUGUUUACUUUGAAGAAUUUGCAAGGUAGAGAAAUAGAUGCUUCAGGCUCUGAUUUCAGCCCAUGCUGUGCUAUGCAAAUGUUCUCUACUUGCCUGAGUGACCUUUUGAGAAAGAGCCUUUGUGAUCUUCUGUAGUCAGGGCCUGGUCUGGGAAUUAGUGUGCCAGAUUCCUCUAAAAGUGGGAAAAGUGAAUCUGUUCAAAGACCACAUAAAAAAGUCCGUGCUUUUCCUGGCUAGAUAUCAGUAAGUCGGUGUUUCUUACUUUUUCUUGCCAGAGCUUUUGAAAUUUGCUCCGGAGUUUGCUUUGCCGGGUGAUUUGGGGAGUAAUGUGUGUGAAAGGAAACUGACUAAAGCAGUUCAGUAGCUGGGAAACUGUUCGUUUAAAUGCUUUUGAAUUGUAGAUAAAAAUAAAUUCAAACGCAAAUCAUUAGUAUCUGGGUGUUUAUCAGUGUCUUCCGGCUGGCUCUCCUUAAGUGCUUGGCUGAGUGACUCUCAGACAGAUUUGUAAGGUUCUUUUUUGCCCCAAAUUGUGCUCUAAUGGUUUGGCAUUUAAAUUGUUUUCUAUUUGUUUUGAUGAUUAUAUAAAAUGAAAUGUAUCAUUACUGAAAGUAUAGUUAGUUUUUUUAUAUUACAAAAGAGAUAUAUAUCACUCUGAUGUAUGUUUCUUGGAAAGAGACACUGGUGUCUUGGAGGUUUAUGGUUUUAAUGCUUUUACCGAGAUGUUCAGUUUAUAUAGUUGAAAUGCUGAUGAAAAAGAGUUUUCUUUUUCUCCUUUUGUCUUAAAUAAGCUUUUUGAUAAGGAUCACCAUAUAUUUCUACCAGGAUAAGGUUGUAGAGUUAAUCAUAAUGUUCUCCUAUAGAAAUUCUUAAAAUUGGAUUUUCAGAGACCAUAGGUAGAAUUUGAAUGACGAGUUUACUCACGAGUCUCCACCUUCUUUUCUAAGUAUAGGAUAACUCUGAAAGAUUGGGCUGUGUCUUAGGUACCCAUUGUGGUAGGAAUGUGGAAGGACCCAUAGAUGGCCCUAGAGGAAUCCUUUCUUCUCCAGAUCUUUGCCUUGUAGCAGGUUUUAGUUGAGCAAAAAUGAGUAGUUUUCUGGUGUUUGGCCUACUCUGUUGGGUGAGAAAACCUUUCUUCUCUGUUUUCAUGGUUACAUGCUCUAUCACAUGUCUUUUUCUCUUCCCCAAGUUUCCCUGGAACCUGGGCUCCCCGAGACGCAGCACUGGAGCAGAUGGAUAAUGGAGACUGGGGCUAUAUGAUGACUGACCCAGUCACGUUAAAUGUAGGUGGACACUUGUACACAACAUCUCUCACCACGUUGACACGUUACCCGGAUUCCAUGCUUGGAGCUAUGUUUGGGGGGGACUUCCCCACAGCUCGAGAUCCUCAAGGCAAUUACUUCAUUGAUCGAGAUGGACCUCUUUUCCGAUAUGUCCUCAACUUCUUGAGAACUUCAGAGUUGACUUUACCCCUGGAUUUUAAGGAAUUUGAUCUGCUUCGGAAAGAAGCAGACUUUUAUCAGAUUGAGCCCUUGAUUCAGUGUCUCAAUGACCCCAAGCCUUUGUAUCCUAUGGAUACUUUUGAAGAAGUUGUGGAGUUAUCUAGUACUCGGAAGCUUUCUAAGUAUUCCAAUCCAGUAGCUGUCAUCAUAACCCAGUUAACCAUUACCACCAAGGUCCAUUCCUUACUAGAAGGUAUAUCAAACUAUUUUACGAAGUGGAAUAAGCACAUGAUGGACACCAGAGAUUGCCAGGUUUCCUUUACUUUUGGACCCUGUGAUUAUCACCAGGAAGUUUCUCUUCGAGUCCAUCUGAUGGAAUACAUUACAAAGCAAGGUUUCACAAUCCGCAACACCCGAGUGCAUCACAUGAGUGAGCGGGCCAACGAGAACACAGUGGAGCACAACUGGACUUUCUGCAGGCUGGCCCGGAAGACCGAUGACUGACCUUCAGCCUGGGAGAAGUUCCUACAAAUGGACUCCCCAAGGAGAUUGAAGAGGCUGUUUUUUGUUUGUUUGGUUUUUGUUUUUGUUUUUUAAAUCACAGUGUGAGGAUUUUUUUUUUUUUUUAAUAUUUGUAUUUAUUUGAAGGCAUUGGGGACCAGCAGGAAGUUUUGUGCUUUAGCAGACUCCUCUUUGUGUGGUUCCCUUCACCCUGAGUAUGCAUGUGCCUGUUCAGAGCCUCCAGAUACCUUUUUUAUAAAAAGAAGUCUGAAAAUCAUUAUGGUAUAUAAUCUAUCCUUAACAACCCUUUUUUUAUUACAGUGCUAAGAUGAUUUCUGAUUAAACAGUUUCUAACUCAACUAGAAGGCUAAAAAUGCAGGAAUGAAAGAAAAAACGGAGUACUCAUGAUGAUGCCUUUGAGAAAAAUCAGAACAUCAUAUAGGGUGACCUAGUUUUCAAACCAAUAAGCAGUAUUGUAAUAUUAAACGAAAACUGUUCAAUCAUUUAAAAGUACUUGUUAAGUACUGCUUUUACAGUUAUGACAACUGUUUCUUUCUAUGCAUAUAAAUCAAGCAACCAAAUAUCUGUAGCCAUGGAAAUGUCUGACUAGAAAUAUUUAUAUUGGAUUCUGAAUACAAAAUGUCCCUGUGGUAGAAAUCUUACUUCUUAGGCCUGGUAAGGUAUAAUUCCCAAGUGUACUGUCUACCAGGAAAACAAAAAACCAAUAAUAAAAAAUGAAAUGUGAAAAUUA